ACAUUCCAGAUUUCUUUGGAUUUCAUUGAUUUUUCUGUGAAUCACAAGACAACCUAGAGGACUUGGAGCUACAUAUCGAAGACAAUGUCUGGAAGCUUCUACUUUGUAAUUGUUGGCCAUCAUGAUAAUCCAGUUUUUGAAAUGGAAUUUUUGCCACCUGGGAAAGCAGAAUCCAAAGAUGAUCACCGUCAUCUGAACCAGUUUAUAGCUCAUGCUGCUCUCGACCUUGUGGAUGAAAAUAUGUGGCUUUCUAACAACAUGUACUUAAAAACUGUGGACAAAUUUAAUGAGUGGUUUGUAUCAGCAUUUGUCACUGCAGGGCAUAUGAGAUCUAUUAUGCUUCAAGAAGAUGGAAUAAAGAACUUCUUUACUGAUGCCUAUGAUUUGUAUAUAAAGUUUGCAAUGAAUCCAUUUUAUGAACCCAAUUCUCCUAUUUGAUCAAGUGCAUUUGACAGAAAAGUUCAGUUUCUUGGGAAGAAACACCUUUUAAGCUAAAUGGAGAAAAACUGAAAUAAACUGUAUCAUC